GUUGUGCACAGCUGAUUUGAUAUACGAGUUCUUGAUUUUUAUUGGUUAAAUGUCAAAUAAUUUCAAGCGAACUGUGUAGUUUUAUGUUAUGGCUAAAUUAUCGUCUGCAAACCCAUUAGGAUAUGUUAUAAAUAGAUCACUAAACGAUAAAUUCGUGAUAAAAAAUAAACUAUUUAAGGAACGUUUGGCACAAGCUAAAAAUUUAUAUAGAAAGGACUUGUUUGCCCAUUAUGGGUGUGUUAACGCCAUCGAGUUUUCUGCAGAAGGAGAGCUCCUCAUCUCAGGCGGAGAUGACAGAAGAGUACUUCUUUGGUCCCUCCCUGACGCGAUACACGGAAAGGGAGCGCCGAUUCCAAUGGAAACAAAUCAUAUAAGUAACAUAUUUUGUUUAGCAUUCGACUCAAAAAAUUCAAAAAUAUUUUCCGGUGGGAAUGACGAUCAGGUGAUCGUUCACGAUUUGAGGAUUGGCAGUUUUGUCGUAAAAUUGCUGCAUAAAAAGCCGGUGUACGGUUUAAGUGUUAAUCCACAAAGUGAUUUUAUUAUUGCGACCGCCGGAGAUGACGGAAGGAUUCUUAUUUUUGAUAUAAGAGAAUCCAGUACCGUCGAUCCAUUGUGUGUCGCAAAACAAAAGACUGGGUUCCAUUCUGUGAUGUUUAAUCCCUUUAAUUCUCGUCUGUUGGCCACCGCAAAUUCGGAGGAAGGCAUUUCUUUAUGGGAUUACCGUAAACCAAGAGAGGCACUGAUACGUUAUGAUUGUACGACUGGAGAAGUGAGUGGAAUUAGUGUAUGUUUCAAUUCUAGCGGUUCACGUUUGCUCGCUUUGCGACGAAGAUUACCUCCAGUUCUGUAUGCCACUCAAAGUCAAAAUGCAAUUUGUCAGUUUUAUCAUCCGCAAUAUUAUAACUCGUGUACUAUGAAGACUUGUUGUUUUGCCGGCGAUAAUGACGAGUAUAUUCUAAGUGGAUCUGAUGACUUUAACUUGUACAUGUGGCAUGUACCAAAGGAUUCUUCGGAAUGGGGUAUGCCUCAUGUUGUAUUACGUGGACAUCGAUCAAUCGUUAAUCAAGUACGUUAUAAUAAACACAGCAAUCUUAUUGCGUCUUCAGGUGUGGAGAAAAUGGUUAAAUUGUGGAGCACUUUGCCAAUAGGUAAUUGGGAAGGAUCAUUGGUAAAAGAACAUACCGAAACACCCAGAAAUGUAUAUUCGCACGAGGAUUAUGUGUACUUAGUGGGUCAUACCGAGCAGAGAAUUUCACAUGAUUAUAGUGACCAGUCGGUGCAGGAAGAUUCACGAAUGAUGGCAUUUUUCGAUUCUUUGAUACAGAGAGAAAUUGAAGGGUGGGAUUCCCCUUCGGAAGUUACAGUAACAACUGAUAGUGAUAGUGAUGCUCAGGAAAAUAAUGUUGUUUCGAUUGAAUCACUGCAUCUUAGAAAGAGGUGGUUCGAUGAAAAUUGUAAGAAACAGAAACCAAACCGUAUCACACAAUUGAUAGCUCAAAAGAGGAAGCGUUUGGCUAAAAUGGCACAUCACAUGUCUUCCAGUUCAGUCCAUAAGUUGAAUACGAAACAAAAUAGUAGAAAACGAAGAUCAUCUACCACUUUUAAAAAUGCAACGCACAGCAAUAAGUUUGUUAAAAGUAAUGGUACUUCUAAGAAAACAUCUUUGAAAAAGAAUCAUCCCCUUAAAGUUCCUUUAUACAUCGAUAGAGAAAAUAGAAAACACAAAUUACACGUAGAUAAAUCUGAGAAAAUUACUAGAUCGAAAAAAUGUAAAACCAGGCAAAGUUUCCAAGAUAUUUCGGAAAAUAGUGUUUCAAAUAGUUCUAUAGAUGCUCCUAGCACAAGUACUGGCAUUACCAGUUCAAGCACGGUGUAUCGUCUCGUUGAACAAGAUUCAGAUGAAGAAGCCCUUGGAAAUAGAUGCUACGAGGAGGGAACCCACUCCGAGGAAAAUUUUGUUACUAUUUUACCAACACCGUUAAAUGGAAGUCACGACAUGUGCCUGAGAGCUAUAGAUAUAACAAAUCGUGGCAAUAAUGGCAAUGUGGUGGCUUUAAGGAACGAUUACGCUAAUGUUGAAGUUCCUUCUACAUCUACCUUAAGCAAUGGAAAAAACAACAUAGCCCAUACCGUUUGUACGAAUGGUUUACGUGGAGAUAAGUUUAUACCUGGUGACGUUUGCGAUGACGUAUAUGUAAAUAGUGACGCUCAUGUGAAUCAGGACUCCUUCAUUAAUGCUAGUGAUAGUAGUGAGUGCGAAUAUGACUGUACACCUGUUAAGAAAGUUCUAAAUACUGUAAUUAGUACACCCGAUAGUGGUUUUGCAACCGGUUCUUGCUCAAGUGGUUACACAAAAUACAAUUCCAAGAUCCACCGCCCUUGUUCGAGUAGAUCUCUAAUGGGCCACUGUAACGAUCACACUUCAGACGAUUCUGAUUAUCCCUAUGAACAAUUUAGAAAGCGAGAUAAAAAGGCUAGACUUAAUAUAAGAAAAAAGAUUUACGCUGAUUCUGAUUCUAAUUAAUUUUAAUAUAUUUUCCUGUUGCACAUAUCUACUUUUUUAUUUUACCGUCAAUUUUACCAUUGCUGUUGUUGCUAGAUUAUUUAAGUUAUAUGUCAAAAACAAACACGCGCAACGCAAAACAAUCAAAAUUAUGUUGUUGCACAUAAUUUUGUUUUUAAUGUGAUGCUAUCAUUGAUAAUUGCCUGUAAUUUUGAUUUCGACUUGUGGAGGUAUUUGACAAUAAAAUGGUUCUUUAUGAAA